AUAAUUUAAUAAUAACAAGUGGAUAAGAAUGAAUGAUGGAUACAGUGUAAAGUUAAAGAUCUCAAAAGGGUAUUGGUGUUCUCACAACAAAAUGAAGAUCUCAAAAUUUCACAUCUGUUUAUGUGUGUUGUUGUUGAGUAGUGCUGAACAAAAGACAUUGGUGUUCUCACAACAACAAAAUGUGGGACUUUUCAUAUUUGGUGAUUCAAUUUUGGAUGCCGGAAACAACAAUUUCAUCAACACAACCACCAAAUUUCAGGCCAAUUUCCCCCCCUAUGGCCUCACUUUCUUCCACAACCCCACCGGCAGGUUUUCCGACGGACGUCUCAUACCCGAUUUCGUAGCUGAGUAUGCAAAGCUGCCUCUGAUUCGGCCAUACUUAGAUCCUCACAACAAUCUCUACAUCCAUGGUGUCAACUUUGCUUCUGGUGGAAGUGGUGCUUUACUUGAAAGUCAUCAAGGCUCGGCCAUAACUCUUCAAACUCAGUUGAAGUAUUUCAUAGAAGUGGGAAAAUCCCUGAGGAAGAAAUUGGGAGAUAACAGAGCUCAAAACUUGCUCUCAAACUCAGUUUAUUUGAUCAGUACAGGAGGAAAUGAUUACGUAAGUCCUUUCGAAGGAGACUCCACUGCCUUUCAAAUCUAUACUCCAACACAGUAUGUGAAUAUGGUGAUUGGAAACCUCACCACUGUGAUUCAGGAAAUAUACAAGAAUGGAGGAAGGAAGUUUGCAUUUGUGGGAGUGCCUCCUUUGGGUUGCAUUCCAAGGUUGAAGCUGUUGAAAGGAGUUGGACAUGGAAAGUGUGUGGAAGAGGCUUCUUCAAUAGUUAGCUUGCACAACAAAUUGCUUCCUAUUGCUCUGCAAAACCUUGCCAUUCAACUCAAUGAUUUCAAAUAUGCUUUUGCUGAUGCCAACACUUUGCUUCUACAAAGAAUAAGAAACCCUACAAAAUAUGGUUUCAAGGAAGUGGAAACAGCAUGUUGUGGGAGUGGUGAAUAUGGAGGAAUUUACAGUUGUGGAGGAAAAAGAGGAAAGAAAGAGUUUAAGCUAUGUGAAGAUCCAACUCAAUAUUUGUUCUUUGAUUCAUAUCAUCCCAACCAAAAAGCUUAUGAGCAACUUGCAAAGCUCAUGUGGAGUGGAGAUGAACAAGUCAUUAAGCCUUAUAACCUCAAACAACUCUUCCAAUAUGGGUUUUGUUGGCUUCUCAAUGAAAUAUCAUAUUAAAGACUGUCUUUUCUCCAUUUUAACUCUCCUUAGAAUCUUUUUCCUCUUUUUCCCUUUUUUUUUUCCUUUUUUUUUAAAUGUUA